AUGACAUUGCUAGGAGCAACCCAAGACUGGUUCCACACCCUGCCAGUUGGGUUGAUCAGCAGCUUCAAGGAGCUAACUUAUGUCUUCACCAAAGAAUACACUUCUUACAGGACGAUCAAAAAGAACCUUGACCACCUAGCCAACCUGCAAAAGAAGUACGAUGAAUCCCUCCAAGAUUACAUCAAGAGGUUGAAAGCAGAAAGGGCGAACAUCAGUGGAUGUGACGACCGAAUCGCGUCAUCGGCCUUCAAGAGGGGCUUGCCAAUUAAGUGUGGGCUGUAUCGCGAGCUAACCAUCUCUCCCUGCCAAACACUAGUAGAAGUCCUUGUGACAGCAGAGUGCCAUGCAAUUUUGGACGAUGAUCGGACCGCCGCAGAGAAAGCUGCCAAGCAAGCCGAUCAACCGGUUGAGCAGGCAAGCCAACGAAACGACAUGAUAAAAGACAAGGAUGUAGGCAAGCGUGGAUUACAGCCUCAGAGAGGUGCUCUAUUUGCCGACAGCUAUACCAAGUUCACUAUCCCGAUACACCAGAUCUUAGCCCAUGUAAAGAACAUGCCUUGGUUGAAGAAACCAUCGCCUUUGAAGGAAAACCCAGCGAAGAAGGAUACCGGUAGAUACUGCGAAUUUCAUGAAUGGCACAGUCAUUACACAAAUGACUACUUCGCCUGGAAAAAGCACCUCGAAGAACUGGUUGGAGAUGGCCAUUGCAAGGAAUUCAUCGCAAAGAGGGCUAUCCAGCAAAUCAAAGAUCGUGACGCAGCUGCUAACAAACCUCCACGAAAAAAGUCAUACAGAUCAACAAAUCUAGCAAAUCCUAGCCGACUUGAAGAGGCUGAGUUGACCAUCAAGGAGCAAAAGAGAAAGAUCAUGCAAGCGACAAGCGCAUGUCUCCUAAGCUGUCACCUGCUACCCAGUCAUGGAAGACGAUCCCGACAUCAUCUUUUAAGGGAAGGAAGUUCCAAGACAAAGGAAUGCCCAUCACCUCCGAAGGUACUAUCCAGAAACUCCUCACCUAUCAGGUCGACUCCAAGCAGGCUGCCAGGCCUCCCUCACCUCCAUUGA